AUGGCGAAGAGCUCCCGAGUCGUGGAUGGGGGAGUGAUGGCCGGUUCUACAACAGAAACCUCCAAUUCCAACUCGAUGACCGAGAUCCCGAACGGCGCUUUCGAGCAACUGCGAGGCAAAAUUGAAUCUCGCCUGCAAGCUACCGAGUCAAAGAAGGGGAAAGACAAGUCUAAGAAGAAGACUGCCUCAUCCGGACAUGCAAUCGGAAACAAGAGGACAGACCUGACUUCGCCUGAGCGAGGGAAAAAGCGGGAUCGCAACGGGAAAGUGCUGGACCAUGACGGACCGUCCAAAGACUCGCAAAAGAUCAACGGCGCUCACGAUAACAAGGACAUCUUGUUAAAAGAGAUUCGAGAGCUUGGAGGAACUGCUGAAGAUAUGGAGUUGCUCGAGGGCGCAGACUCUGACUCGGAGCUGGAGGAGACCGCAAUCGAUAAACGACAAAAACCUUCGGCCGCCAGUGCAGCAGCCGAGGGCUUGGAAAAGGGCAUCAAGAAUAUCUUGAAAGAGAUUGCACUGGCGCAAGGCCAACAUGACAACGAUGGCUCUGAAGAUGACGUUGAAGAGGAGGAGCAUAUCGAGAUAGCCAAACCAAGACUACAAGCGAACAGCGAAGCUGUGCCCACGAACGAUGAGAAGACAGUAAAACACGCGAAAGGGAAGCAACCCCAAUAUCUUUGCGCACCGAUACCGGACUGGUACAAUGUCCCGGAGCCAGUCGUUGACACUGAAGCGUCGCUCAAGUAUACAUUGUCCCAGGACACCAUCAAUGAGCUCCACGACUACGCAAAAUCUCUACUCGAGGAAGAGAAUCAGAAAUACAAGGAUUCACAACAAUCAUCGUCUGCUCAGUCUUUUUACAACACUGUCAUUGCAUCGGGGACCUUGUCGGACAAAAUUUCGGCGCUAACCCUCGCCGUACAAGAGUCUCCCGUUCACAAUAUGCGAUCCCUAGAGAUACUGAUUGGCCUGGCUGGCAAGAGAAGUCGCUCUCAAGCUGUUGAAGUACUUAGAGCGUUGAAGGAUUUGUUCGCGCAGGGUUCUCUGUUACCGGAAUCAAGAAAGCUAUACGCAUUUCAUUCCCAACCUACACUACCAUAUUUGUUCAGCCAGUUGAAGUCGUGGAGGAGAGGUAACAGGUUGCCUCGCGGCCUCGACGAACCAACUCUUAUCAUCUGGGCUUUUGAGAGUUGGCUCAAGGAGCAGUAUUUUGAGGUCCUGAAGAUCCUUGAGGUCUGGUGUAAUGAUGAGAUCGAGUUCUCCAAAGCUCGAGCCGUCAGCUAUGUGUUCGAGCUUCUGAAAGAGAGACCGGAGCAGGAAUCUAACCUGCUGAGACUGCUUAUCAACAAGUUGGGAGAUCCUAUCAAGAAAAUCGCUUCACAGGCGUCCUAUUUACUGAUGCAACUGCUCAUUGCCCAUCCUGCAAUGAAAGAAGUGGCCAUUUCGGCCGUCGAAGGUGACUUCAUAUUCCGUCCAGGACAGAGCAUGCACGGAAAAUACUAUGCGGUGGUGACGCUCAACCAAACAGCACUAAGCACCAAGGAAGAGGAUGUGGCCAAGAAGCUUCUGGACAUCUACUUUGGACUGUUUGCGGCACUGUUGAAGUCGGCGAAGGCAGAAACCAAGAGCAAAGCGGAAGAGGAUGAUCAACCUCGAGGCCGUGGAAAGAAGCAGAAGAAGCCUCAAGUAUCGGGUCAACCACAGACGGAGGAGCUCAGAGAGAAGCUAAUAUCGGCGAUUUUGACGGGAGUCAAUCGGGCGUACCCUUAUGUGGGUGCUGAUGGGACGAGCUUCACCGAACACAUGGAAACCUUGUUCAAGAUCACCCAUUCAUCCAACUUCAACACAAGCAUUCAGGCGAUGAUGCUUAUUCAGCAACUGUCUACGACACAUAAAGCGUCCAACGAUCGCUUCUACCGGAUCCUCUACGAAUCAUUGCUCGAUCCCCGAUUAACCGCCUCUUCAAAACAACAAUUAUAUCUGAAUCUCCUACACCGUUCGCUUAAGGCUGACCUGAAUGUCAAGCGUGUGAAAGCAUUUGUGAAAAGAUUAGUGCAGAUUCUAUCACUCCACGAACCAUCCUUCAUUUGUGGUUCUUUUUUCCUUAUCCAGGAUCUGGAGACCACUUUCCACUCACUCGCUGGAUUGAUUGACCAGCCCGAGGACCAUGAUGACGAGGAAGAGGUCUUCCGAGACGUGGAUGAAGACGGCGACCGGGCUGAAGUUGCACUACCUGACAAGCCUCAAGGCACUCUCUACGACGGGCAUAAGCGUCCUCCCGAGCAUGCCAAUGCAGACAACAGUUGCCUCUGGGAGGUUUUGCCUUUUCUUGCCCACUUUCACCCAUCUGUGUCGGUCAGCGCUGAUCAUUUGUUGCAACAUACCAAACUGCCAGGCAAGCCAGACCUCAAUUUGCACACAUUGAGUCACUUUCUGGAUCGGUUUGUGUAUCGCAAUCCGAAGUUGUCCUCUGCCGGGUUACGGGGAUCAUCGAUCAUGCAGCCGAUGGCAAACGACACUUCAGAUGUGCUUAUUGGAAGCACUUUGGGUGCGUCGCGGAAGUUGCCUGUGAAUAGUGUGGAAUUCAAGUCCAAGAAGCAAGAGGAUGUGGCGGCAGAAGACAUCUUCUUCCAUCAAUACUUCUCUAGUCUGAGUUCAGCUGGAAGAAGCAAAGCCAAAGCACAGAAGAAGAGUCGUGACGAGGACGAUGAAUCUGUGAAUGAAGACGAGGUCUGGAAGGCCAUGAUGGAGAGUGCGCCUGAUCUUGAAGGUGCCGAAGAUAGUGAUGAUGAUCUUGACAUGUCCGACGUCGACUCCGACCUAAUGGCGUCGUCAGAGGAUGAUGUGGACGAAGAUGACGACGAGGACGUCGACCUCGAUCCGGCACUCUUCGAUGAAGACGACGACGAUCUCAUGCAAAUGCCAGGGGAGGAAGAGGCUGGAUCAGCCGAUGAAGGGGAAUCCGACUUUGAAGGAUUCGGCGAGGAUGUCACAAGGAGCAAGGACCGGCGUAAGGAGGACAAGGAGAAAGCGAAGAAGUCUAAGAAGGCGAAGAACCUGCCGACGUUUGCAUCAGCAGAAGAUUAUGCUAAGAUGCUGGACAACGACGAGGACGAGGAUAUGGGGGUGUAA